AUUGGCAAGUAAAUAUUAUUGUCGUUUUCUCUAUGAAAAAAAAAAAACAGAAAUCCAAUUUCAGCUCUUGAAUGAUUACAUCCUUUUUAUACAUCUAUCUGAAAUAAAGUGUGCCUAGAUGUUAGCAUUACAACAAUAUAGUGGAAGUAGCGAUGACGACGCUGACAAAGACCAGAACUCCCAUAAAGAUGAUGGGGAAAAACUUACCCACCUAACACCAAUUCCUCCAGAAAGGUCGAAAUUCUCGAUACAAAAGCAAAUUGCCAUCUCUGCAGCACCUAAUGUAACACCUACAGGUGCUGAUGAAGACAAAAUUCUCAUACAUCCUGACACCAAAGAACUGACAUUCAAUCCUAAAUAUGAUGAGCUUUUUGCUCCAAUAGUGGGACCUAGAAAUCCUUUCAAAUCUCAACAACAGAGUAUAGAAAGGAAUAUGGUAUCAGGUCAUAUAGAAGCUGCUCAUGUUAGUGAAUUCCAAUUUGAAAAUCAAAGGAGAACCUUUGCAAGUUAUGGUUAUGCUUUGGAUCCCUCAGUCACUAUUGAUGGAGAAAUAAAAGUUGUAGGUGCAUCAGAACCUAGCACAACUGCAGAGGAAAUCAAAACCGUAUUUGAAGUCAGCAAAGUAAGACCUCUGGAUAAGAGAAAACGUAACAGAAAUGGGGACCCAAGUGAUAUAGAAGGAUUUUUAGGGCCAUGGGGAGGGUUCAUUGAUGAACAAAAGGUUGCCAAACCAACUGAGGAAGAGCAAGCAGAGUUGGAUGAAUUGGUAGCAAAGAAAACCAAGAAAGGAAAGCCUGUGGAGGAUAAACCCAUCGAGGAAAAGUCCGUGCUCCACAUCAAGGACGCCGUGGACUAUCAAGGCAGGUCGUUCUUGCACGCCCCGCAAGAUGUCGGCGUCAAUCUCAAAUCGGAUCUGCCGCCCGACAAAUGCUUCCUACCCAAAUCGCACAUCCACACUUGGUCGGGCCAUCUGAAGGGGGUGUCCGCUAUCAGGUGGUACCCCAAAACGGCGCAUCUGUUCUUGUCAGCUAGCAUGGACUGUCGCAUCAAAAUAUGGGAGGUGUAUAACGAAAGGAGGUGCAUUAGGACUUAUUAUGGACAUCGACAGGCAGUCAGAGACGUUAAUUUUAAUAACAGUGGGAAACAGUUUCUAUCUGCUGGUUAUGACAGGUACAUAAAAUUAUGGGACACGGAAACAGGACAAGUGCUAUCAAGGUUCACCAGCAGGAAGAUCCCUUACUGCGUGAAAUUCAACCCGGACAAGAACAAGCAACACCUGUUCGUCGCCGGCACCUCGGACAAGAAGAUAAUAUGUUGGGACUCGCGGUCCGGCGAUAUAGUACAGGAGUACGACAGGCAUCUGGGAGCGGUUAACUCGAUCACGUUCGUAGACGACAACAGACGAUUCGUGACCACGUCCGAUGACAAGUCUUUGAGGGUGUGGGAGUGGGACAUUCCUGUGGAUAUGAAGUAUAUCGCGGAUCCGACGAUGCACAGCAUGCCUGCUGUAACGCCUGCUCCUAACGGAAAGUGGCUGGCUUGCCAAAGCAUGGAUAACAAGAUCGUCAUCUUCUCAGCCAUGAACCGCUUCAAGAUCAACCGCAAGAAGACCUUCACGGGCCACAUGGUGGCUGGGUACGCGUGCGCCGUGGACUUCUCGCCCGACAUGAGCUAUCUGGUGUCUGGAGACGCGGACGGCAAGUGCUAUAUUUGGGACUGGAAGACCACCAAGCUGUACAAGAAGUGGAAGGCUCACGAUAACGUGUGCAUCGGGGUGUUGUGGCACCCUCAUGAACCGAGUAAAAUGAUUUCGGCGGGGUGGGACGGGUUGAUCAAGUACUGGGACUGAUUGGUCCUAGCUUGUAGGAAUCAAAAAACGAUAUCUUUAAAGCUAAGAAAACCUAAUAAAUCAAUAAUUUAUCGU